AGUGGAGCAUUAUCAGACGUACAGGCUCAACGCACCGUUGACACCGUUGCCUGAUAAAACGAAGAAGAAGAAAAAACAGUGACCUAGCGCGGGAAAAAUCUUUUUAAUACUUUGACUAGAUUUGGUGAUUUGCCAGUUUUGUGUUAACAAAAACAUUAAUUGUUAGUGUAUCGUGCUCCUUUGGCGAAUAUGGCGAGAUGGUUAUUGGUUUAUUUUACCUUACUGGCGGUACUAUCGGCAGCUCUUCCCGAAACCUCGACGCCACCAGAGCCGAGACUGGAUGACGACUUGGACUCUAAUUCCGAAGAGCCUCCUGAAGGAUACUACGCUUUUGUGGAAUCACCGAAUGCCACACCGCCCAGAGUGCGUCCCCCCCCGUACCGGCAAGUGUCGGACGAGUGCAAGGAGGGGGGGCGGGCGCACGUGUCGGCCGACAACCUGUGCGGCGACCUCAACCGCGGCCUCAUACCGCGCAACCCCAUGGGGCAGUACCAUCGCGGUGAACCUUACCCUUUCGAACUGAUUCGCAACCACACGCUGCGGUUCUUGUCGAGGACGCUACCGGUGCUGCGCGCGGACGCCACGCUGCCCCGCGUCGCGCGCCUCACCCCCGCGCCCGCACGACUGGAAGAAAGGUCGAAGCGUUCAGUGGAGGAGGAAGUUAGCAGCUCGUUGCCGCUCGAGCAUCGGUCCAGGGACAGCAAGAAGUUCUGCGACGGCGGCGGCAUCUUCUGUACGUUGUAUCGCGCCAUCAACGGCGAUAACGAAACUCCCACAGUGGAGAGACGUGAGGAUCCGGGAGUACCAGCACAGCAUCAUCGAUAUGAGGGUCCGCCCACGCCGUGCCCGGCGCGCGUGGAGUACGCCACUCCAGUGUUCGCGCGGAACUACCAGGGCGUCUGGCGCUACGUCGUGCAGAUACCCUACGAGGGGUACUUCACGCAGACCGUCGAGCUCACCAGGUGCAUGCAGUCCCGUUGUCAUUAUUUAGAAGGUGGAUGUCUGAGCUCCCCUCGCUGGGUCUCCCUGCUCGUCGCUGAGUUACACUAUCCCACAGAGCUUCAGACUCCUCAGCCGGAGUACUCGCAGUACGCGGCCGAGCCCAGCACCGAGAAGCCACCGCACUGCGACGGACACGACGACAUGGGCUGCUUCCAGGUGAGGCUCUACUACGACUGGUUCCUGGUUCCCGGCUCCUGCAAGUGUUGGAGGCCCGACUAUUUCGCGAGGUAUGUCCGGCGCCGUCAGAACAACGAGUUGUAAUUCAGGUCAAUUUGAUUCCCUAGAUGAACUUCUUAAUGAGUUCAAACAUUUAGAGGUUAAAAGGCAUAUUCAAUUCGGUCGUUGUAAACCUGACUGCCUACUUGUGCAGCAGUCACAGCUACAAUUGUCUACUGAAAAUUUAUACUCGUGCCGCCAUUAAAUCAUGUUACUUAAUGUGACAUUAAGGACAAGCACAGGCAUUAAGGAAACCGAAUAAAAUAAAACGCCAUGGUUGUAAUAAUUCAAAGUGUUUGAUGAUAUUGCUACAUUUUGCAAAGUGUAACUACUGAAGAUUAUUAGAAUUAAAAUAUAAGUAGAGUGACACCAUCUUGUGAUAACAACAGCCUAAUCAUCUAAUUGUGUUACGUCAAUACGUCACUCUACUAUCAUGUCAUCAAGAUAGACAGAUAAUAAAUUAAAACAAUAUUGCCAUAGGAGUUAGUCCUAAUAAUCACAAAGAUAGUUGUUCAUCCUUUUUUGAUUUUAUAAAUUGAUAUAACAUAUAACUUUUGUGAACAUUUUGUUAUUUAUUUACUUAUUUCGACAGGAUUCAUAUUUUAUUAAAUUUGAUAAUAGCUGUUCCUUGAAUCUAAGGACCUAAGUACAGCCAAGUUUUGGAAACUUGUCACUAAGUAGAUAUGUAUUAUUUAUAAGGAGGUAUUAUUCAGGAGUUGUGACUACUAAGACUGGGCUAUAAUUUGUAUAUUGUUAGAUGUUUUCACCAAAUAUUUUUAAUGCGGUAGUUAGAUCUCCUGUAGAAGUAGCAUAGGAUGUACCUUAGUAAUUAUAAUUUUAUUUAAACUACUCAUUAUUUAAAUAAAAAUAAAAAUUUAAAAUUGCUUUCGAUUGCAAUAUUAUAAUGUUAAUAAUACUUUUUUUAGUAUUUAUAGCUAAGAAUGCAUUUAUAGUUGUAAUUUUAAAACUUUAGGUAUAGUACAGUUCUUCAGGUAUAUAUUUUUUGUUGUUUAUUAAAUCGCUUUAUAACAAAUUA